UAGAUUAUACGUUGAGAAAUCAUCUCGAUUGAAAGUGACUCAAAAUGUGCCAACACACGUGACUAAAAUUGUGCCGAAAGUGAACUUUGUAGUGCUGAAAGUGAAUGCAGGUGCCCGGAAAGAGUGUACCUUUCAACGACUAGUUAUGGUGCCGAGAGUAGGAGAAUGGUUGAGCCAGGCGGUGUUACCAUUGGUACGCCUGUUGUUGACCGGGGUGGUGAUGAAGGCUGGUCACGACAGAGGUCAUUACCACUCCUCCGCUACCAUACUUCCACAAUACGACUUCAUCGUGGUGGGCGGAGGUUCAGCGGGCAGCGUUGUGGCGUCUCGCCUGUCGGAGGUCCAGGAGUGGCGGGUGCUGCUGCUGGAGGCUGGAGGUCUCCCUCCUCCUGAGAGUUACGUCCCUGGCCUCUCUCAGACCUUCUACCUCCCCAGCGACUUCACUUGGCAAUACGACAUAACUCCGCAGAAAUACUCACACAAGAGCUUCGUCGGAAGGAGAGAGCGGCUGCUACAGGGUCGGGUCCUGGGAGGCUCGUCGACUGUGGGCGGACUGCUGUACAAGCGCGGUAGCAGGCAGGAUUUCGACCAGUGGGCUGCUCUAGGCAAUCCAGGCUGGGACUACCAAUCCGUCCUACCUUAUUUCAAGAUGUCUGAGAACUACAUGGGACCGAAACAUGGAAUGAGUGAGACCUUCCAUGGCCGGGGCGGGGCGAUGUCAGUGACGCCUACAAGGAAGCGGUCAGCAUUAAGCCAAGCAUUCCUCCGAGCUGGCCAGCAACUUGGCUAUCAUCUUAUUGAUCCCAACGGAGAGGACCAGAUCGGUUUUGCGACGUCUGACUACACGGUUCUGGAUGGUGUUAGGGGGUCCACCGCAGAGGACUUCUUACGGCCAGCAGCAGCUCGACCCAACCUUCACGUGGUUCACAGCGCCAUGGUCCAUAAGGUAACACUGCAAAGAGCAGUGGGUGUGCGGUUUAUGCAUCGAGGGAAGACGCAGGAGGUGCAGGUGCUGAGGGAGGUGGUGGUGUCGGCGGGGGCGCUGGCUUCCCCCAAGAUCCUCAUGCUCUCGGGUGUAGGGCCACGGGAACACCUGCAGGAACAUGGGGUGCCAGUGGUUGCAGACCUACCAGGUGUGGGCAAGAACUUCCAGGACCACCUGAAUGUCCUGGGCCUCACCUGGACAGUGUCUCCUGGAAUCAUCAAACUGCCUGACUUUCCAGCUUCCUUCCAGCAGUACAUCACCACUGGAACAGGACCCCUGGCGGAGCCGCAAGGGGACAAGACCAGCGCAUGGGUGACUGUCAGGGCAGGCGGUGAGGGGGGUGACGCCAACUGGCCUGACGUCCAGUGUCAUGUCAUCACGCCUCCGUUGUCAUAUGACAGGGGACUCCUCACCCCAGAGCUCACCAGUCUGGAUUAUGGCAGUUUCAUGAAGUAUUUCGAGCCAGUGUUUGGUAAGGAAGGAUUCAACAUGGCGUGCCACCUGAUGCGACCCAAGAGCCGAGGCACGGUCACCCUCAAGUCCAAUGACCCCAACGACCUACCUCUCAUUGACCCCAACUUCCUCAGUCACCCCGAUGACCUGUCGACACUAGUUAGUUCAGUAAGGUUUCUGCUGGCAGUAGGGAACACGUCUGCCCUGGCAACUGACCUCGGAGCUAAGUUCCACGAUAAGCCUCUGCCAGGGUGCGAGACUCAGGCCUUCGGCAGCGACACCUACUGGAGGUGCUACGUAAGCCACAUGGCUGCCAGUUACCUCCACCCCGCCGGCACCUGCAAGAUGGGUCCUGCUACUGACCCUCUGAGCGUCGUGGACCACCAGCUCAGAGUCCGAGGCGCUGGGGGUGUGCGGGUGGUGGACGCUUCAGUGAUGCCGGUAGUGGUCUCAGGCAACACUAACGCCCCUGUCAUCAUGAUCGCUGAGAAAGCCUCCGCGAUGAUCAAACAGGACUGGGGAGCAACGUGAACAACUGCUAUUGUUAUUCAUUAUGAUAUUUAUGGAUGGUGCUAAGUGAAUCUGGUCAUGUGGACGCCUGCUUGAUAGUUAUAACUCGUGUCUCUAUGUUGACUGAUGUGACUUUAUGUGACCUGCCGAUUUGUGCAACCUGUGCAAUCUAAGCUGUAUAUUAAUAGAGAAAGAACCUGGUUAUCACUCUGGAUUAUAUAUAUAGGCUUACUGACAGUUAUUCUCGCACUCAUUGGCACCUGCUUCCCAGCCUGAUGUUCACAUAUGCACAGAAGCUAAAUGACCUACAAUCGUAUAUGGUAAAUUGUCAUAAGAGAGCCAUGUACUGUUACCAGGAAUAACAUCAUUUUCAAGCGAAUAUCCUUGCUUCAAAUAUUAAUAUGAUUCUGUGGAAAGACAACUUGAGGCUGACAGAUGUAUAUAAAGGCGUGGUUGGUUCCCAGAAAAGAAUAAUACAUAUAGAUAGCAGUGAUAACCUGGUGUCAAAAUUUAAUAUUAUUUGGGGAUUAUUAUCACAGGCUUGCCGCUGAGAGGUCCAGAUCUUCUAGUCAGUUUUCCGCUGUAUCAGUUUUGUAUACAAAGUUUAAUCCAGUCUUGUUCCUGCACUGUGUGUUGUGCUGUUGGUUUAAUGUGCAAAUGUUAAUCACCAAACUAUCUAUCACCAAACUAUCUACCUUCAUUAUUAAUUUCUACAAACACGUUACUGAAACACUUACACCUCAUCUUGCUGUAAGAACAAUAUUGAUCCUACUUUGGUACAUUAUUACUACCUAUUCUGCAACUACAACUAUUACAACAUCAAAAUAUACAACUUCUGAUGUAUGUUAGUUGUGCCUAGAAAUAAAUCAUCUGUAUGUACAUCUCAUGUUACUAAUACAAUGGCAACUACAGCUCCAGAACACCAAAUUCUUCACAACAAAUUUCAAACUUAAGUUAUUUGGAAAACUUAAACUCUGUUUGUGGAACUUUGUUCAUUAAACUUGUUCAUGCAACUUUGUUCAUUAAACUUCUUCAUGCAACUUUUUUCAUAAAACUUGUACAUUAAACGUGUUCAUUCAACUUUGUUCAUUAAAGAUGUUUAUGGAACAUUGUCCAAUAAAGAUAUUUAUAAAACUUUGACCAUUAAAAUUACUCAUUAAACUUUUUCAUUAGACGUGUUCAUGCUACUUUGCUCAUUAAACUUGUUCAUGCAAUUUUGAUUAUUAAAUUUGUUCAUGCAACUUUAUUCAUUAAACUUGUUCAUGUUUAAAGUAUUUACUUGAUACAU